AUGCCCGGUCCUCUCCAAGCAGAAUCCUCCCAGGAGAGGGCAACGUCCCGAGACUCCCCCGAGCGGGGCAAGAAGCGCGCAAGAACGCAGUCCAUGCCACCACCCGAGCUGCCCAAGCUCGUUGCCGAACAGCACGCGCCCAUCCCCACCAACGACCAGGACUCGCAGCGCCUCAUCGUCGUUCUCUGCAACGCCACGCUCGAGACGUACAAGGCCUCGCAUGGCUCUGGACGUGGGCCUGGUGGCAGGGAGGACAAGUACAACCUGCUCAACAGCGACGACCACAUUGGCGUGAUGCGAAAGAUGGGUCGCGACAUCAGUGAGGCGCGUCCAGAUAUCACUCACCAGUGCCUGCUCACUCUCCUUGAUUCGCCCAUCAACAAGUCGGGCAAGCUCCAGAUCUACAUCCAGACUGCGCGCAACGUCCUCAUCAGGGUCAGCCCCACGGUGCGCAUUCCUCGCACAUUCAAGCGUUUUGCAGGUUUGAUGGUGCAGUUGCUGCACAGGCACCAGAUUCGAUCGACAUUGUCUCAGGAAAAGCUGAUCGAAGUGAUCAAAAACCCCAUCACCGAUCACCUGCCACCCAACUGCCGCAAGGUUACGCUUAGUUUCGACGCCGAUGUUGUACGCCUCAGUGACUACAUUGGCAGCCUCAAUAAGAACGAGAGCAUCGCCGUCUUCGUUGGUGCCAUGGCAAAGGGUAACGACGACUUUGCCGACGCCAUCAAGGAUGACAGCAUUGGCAUCAGCAACUUCAACCUCAGUGCCAGCGUUGCAUGCAGCAAGUUCUGCCACGCAGCAGAGGAUGUUUGGGGCAUCUUCUAG